UUUAGCGGCCACCGUAUAGGCAUUUCCGGAUUCCAGGGGACUUAGGCUGCCGGCCGUUUAACCUUUGAGACUUGUGGGCGGGGCUGUUUUUUGGGUUUUUGAACCCCACAAACACACUCUAGGGGUCAGUAGAGUCACGCCCCUCCCCCUUGCCCUUGAAAUGAUGUCAGUGAGGCGGCCCCGUGGUGGUCACGUGACGGCGACGUCCAGCGUGUCCUCGCCGGGCAACCGUCCUAGAGAGCGACCUGGCUGGCUGCGGGAUGAGCGUGAUCUACCCGCUGGCGGUGCCCAGGGGCCGCCGGCUCUGCUGCGAGGUGUGCGAAGCCCCCGCCGAGAGGGUGUGCGCGGCCUGCACAGUCACUUAUUACUGAAGCACUUGAUUGAAUUCUGCUACACUGUAGCCCAGAAAUAUCUCUUUGAAGGAAAGCAUGCAGAUGCUGUCCCGGCAGCUUUGCAUUCUCUGCGCUUCCGCAUGAAUGUGCACGGCCUGAGUUCAGUAGAGCUUGUGCCUGCUUACCUGCUGUUGGCCGAGGCGAGCCUUGGUCUAGGCCGGAUUGUCCAGGCUGAGGAAUAUCUAUCCCAAGCCCAGUGGACAGUCCUCAAAUCAACUGAAUGCUCCCAUGCCACCCACUCGUUACUGCAUCGGAACCUGGGACUUCUCUAUAUGGCUAAGGAAAACUAUGAGGAAGCCCGUUAUCAUCUGGCUAAUGAUAUUUAUUUUGCCAGUUGUGCAUUUGGAACAGAGGACAUCAAGACCUCAGGAGGCUACUUCCACCUGGCUAAUCUCUUCUAUGGCCUUAAAAAGUUGGACCUGGCAGACACGCUGUACACCAAGGUCUCUGAGAUCUGGGAUAAAUAUUUGGACGAUCGCUAUCAAGUUCUCUCGCAGGCUCGCAUCCAACAAAUAGAUUUACUGGGCAAACAAUUUGAGACUGACACCGGCUUGGAUGAAGCCCAGGAAGCAGAAGCCAUUCGGAUUUUGACUUCAAUCUUGAACAUUCGAGAAUCGACAUCUGACACAGCCCCCCAGAAAACUAUCUUUGUUCUGAAAACUCUGGUCAUGCUUUACCACCUGAUGAUGAAUUCUUCAAAGGCACAAGAAUAUGCCAUGAGAGCCUUCAGUCUAUCCAGAGAACAACAGCUCAGCGACCAAGAACAGAGCACCAUUCAAGAAUUACUAAGUCUCAUCUCAGCUGAAGAAACUCAUCCCGUUACUUAGUGACCCAUGAGCUCCACGUCAGGGGCUGUUCAAGGGGCUACUGAACAUCUACUAUAGCCCAGCCUCGCACAACUGCUUUGAGGUACCUGAAUUGCUGAAGUUCCCACCCUCUCCCCCUGCAACUGCACAUAUAGCUGUGUUUUUAUUCUUACAUAGCAUAUGGAGGGAAUAUAGGGCUUUAGGCAUAGAAAUCAGUAAAACUGUUAUUUAUCAUGACCUUUGCACUUGGUUUAUCGUGACUUUGUAUGACUUUGAGUAAUGUGCUGUCAGCUCACUAACAUGGUAUUUGUAAUUAAAUUGCAAAUAGUUUAUCAUAUUUCCCAGAAGUCUCCCAGUGAUGCAUAUUUCAUAGAUCUUUGCCAGAGAAGGGGGUAGGGAAUAAAGCUAUAUUGGAGCAAAGUUUCCCUCUUCUACUGGAAUUAAGUAAGCAUUAAUCUGAAGUAGAUUGUGAUUAAAAGGUCCACUAUAAUUCCUAGAACAAUCACUAAGAAAAUGACUCUAAAAAAUAGUUAAAAAUCAACAAAGGAAUUAACGUGGUACACUAGUAAAGAUCACUUAAUGCAAAAGAAGGCAGUAAAGGAGGAAUAAAGAAACAAGAAGGACAUGAGGCAUGUAGAAAACAAAUAGCAAAAUGCAGAUGUCAAUCAUAGGUCUUUGCCAGAGAAGGCCCUGGGCCUUGCAAGGAGCCCCAGUAUGGACUGGCUGAGAUACCAUUCCAGGUUAGUGCCUUUCUUUUCUCAGACAGUGGUUUGAAGCAGACGUGACUAGGGGAGAAGCACUCUGAAAGGCCCCCUGUGAUGUAGGGAUGGAGUGCAGGCCUUGGAGUCAGACAUGCCUGGGUUCAAAUCCCAGCUCUCGCUUAAUAGCUUUGUGACCUUGAUCCUCCCAUAACCUCAUUCAUCAUUGUUGCAAAAUGGCCCAGAUGUGGCCAUGGCUGUAUCAGCUGGUCCCAUAGAUGACUCUGGUCAUUUAGCACAUCCUUUUUAUCUCCAGACUCACUGAGCAGCCUGCCCUCUGCUUAGCUCUCUGCUUCCUGCAUAGAUCUGCACCCAGGGAGAAGAUAUGCAAGUCAAGGACCUGUUGGAGAGUUUUAUGUUCCUCACUGUAAAUUAAUUCACUCUGACACAUAGAAUAAACAUAGAUGGGCCACCCUUCAGGUCUAGGUAAAAUCUGCUGGAACCCCCAUUCCAUACCUUUGGGCAUUCUUAUGCUUCUCCAAGAUGGCUGUGAAAUCCCAGGGUCUUACUUCUCUCACUCCCAAUUUUCAGCUUCAAUUGCAUUCAACACAAUCCUUUCUUCUUGAUUCUCACUCCUAACCCCAAAUCUGAGCCAGCUCUUUCAAAUAGAUUUUUAACGAAGAUUGGGGGGGUGAGGAGGAGGAUCAACAACUCUUUAGCAGAUAAUUUAAAUGAAAAUAUUAGAACUUCCCUAUUCUGAAAAAGUCCUUCAGAGUCCAUUUUAUUAAACUCUAGCUCUCUCUUUAAUAUUCAUUGGCCCGUUUCUCUUUUUCCCCCUGUCCUUUAUCUGUUCUCUCUUCUCUCCACCCCUGAAUUAUUGUUCAUGAAUCCUUCCCCAUUGAAUAUAUUUAUAAAAUUACUGUUUAAAUUAAAUUGCUUAAAUAUAUCUUUCCUAUUGAUUGAUUUUCCUCUUGAUUAUGGGCCAUAAUUGUCUGCUUUUUCACAUGUCUAGUAAUUUAAUUUUCAGUCUUCUGCUUUUCUAACACUUGCAUUUAAGGCUAUAAGUUUUCCUCUAAAUACUGCUUUAGUUGAUCCCACAUAUUAUGAAAUGCAGUAUUUUUAUAGUUAUUUUGUUCUAAAUAUUUCUUAAUUUUUUAUGACUCAUGAGUCUUUUAGAAGUAUGAUUCUUAAUUUCUAAGUGAUGGUGACUUUAAUUACUUCUUUGUUGUUGAUUUCUAGUUUAAUUUUAUUGAGGUCAUAAAAUAUGCUGUGUACAAUUUUGCUUUUAGAAAUUGGUUGAGAUUUGCUUUAUGGUCCAGGAUUUGGUCAAUAUUUGUAAAUGUUCUGUGUGUGCUAGAAAAGAAUGGUGUUAUUGGGCACAAUGUGUCCAUUAAGUCAAAUUUGUUCAUGUUUUCAUAUCUUGCACAUCCUGGCUGAAUUCUUUAUUUCUGAGAGAGGUAUAUAAAUCCAUCCAAUAUGA